GUAGCGUGCACCGAGUCUCCUACUAUAGUUAUAGCUUUUUAUAAUUUCCAGUUUAUAAUUUACUUUCUUCCAAGCUCCGUUUCUGCUGGUUCCCUACUCCAAUCGUCCUCUCCUCCUCCUACUACUACUACUACUUGUUCACACAACAAGGCAUCAUGGCCUUAUCUGCAAUUGGUUUCGAAGGUUACGAGAAGCGGCUCGAGGUCUCUUUCUUUGAGCCUAGCUUCUUCCAAGACUCCAAGGGACUUGGUCUCCGUGCUCUGACCAGAUCCCAGCUUGAUGAAAUACUCACUCCUGCUGCUUGCGAGAUCGUUUCUUCUCUCUCCAACGAUCAUUUGGACUCUUACGUCCUCUCUGAGUCCAGCUUCUUCGUCUACCCUUACAAAGUCAUCAUCAAGACUUGUGGUACCACCAAGCUCCUCCUCUCUAUCCCGCCUCUUCUUAAGCUGGCCGGUGAGCUCUCUCUGAGUGUCAAAUCUGUCAAGUACACUCGUGGCUCCUUCCUCUGCCCCGGCGGCCAGCCUUUUCCUCACCGGAGCUUCUCUGAAGAAGUCUCUGUUCUUGAUGGUCACUUCUCUAAGCUGGGUUUGAACAGCGUUGCCUACUUGAUGGGUAAUGAUGAUGAGACUAAGAAAUGGCAUGUCUAUGCUGCCUCUGCCGAGACCUCCAGCAACUGCAACAACAAUGUCUACACGCUCGAGAUGUGCAUGACUGGUCUAGACAGGGAGAAAGCCUCUGUCUUCUACAAGAAUGAAACCGGCGAGAAUGGAUCGAUGACUGACAACUCUGGAAUCAGAAAGAUCCUCCCCAAGUCCCAGAUCUGCGACUUUGAGUUCGAGCCAUGUGGCUACUCUAUGAACUCCAUUGAAGGAGAUGCAAUCUCCACUAUCCAUGUGACCCCUGAGGAUGGGUUUAGCUACGCUAGCUUCGAAGCUGUGGGUUACGACUUCAGCACACUCGACCUGAGCCAGCUGGUGACAAGGGUUCUGUCUUGCUUUGAGCCGAAGCAAUUCUCCGUCGCCGUGCACUCGAGCGUUGGAGCGAACGCGUACAAGCCUGAGAUCAGUGUAGACCUGGAAGAUUAUGGGUGCAGAGAGAGGACAUUUGAGUCUCUAGGAGAAGAGAGUGGGACGGUGAUGUAUCAGACGUUUGAGAAGUUUGGCAAGUACUGUGGAUCGCCUAGAUCUACCUUGAAGUGUGAGUGGAGCAGCAACAAUAGCUGCAGCAGCGAGGACGAGAAGGACGAGGGAAUCUAGCAGAACUAUUUAUGAGUUUUCUGUUUUAUGCAUCUUUUCUUAUUAGUAAUGAAUAAGGACUUGUGAAGUUGAGGUUCUCUCUCCUUCACAAGCAUGUGUGUUGUGUGUUUCGUACUUUAUAAGUUUGGGUUUUAAUAUAUGAAAGACUAUUAUGAUU